ACCGAGCACUGAUUCGGCGCAUUACCUAUCAUUACGGCGGAAGUUUCUGAAAAGAACUGACAAAUGCGAGAAAUAUUUGGUUUGAAAACCUGUUGUUCUCACAUUAACGUACGUUUGGAGGAUACAUUUAAUUUGUGGUAUGGGGUAUGAGGUACACCGAUUUCAAGGUGAAGUUGAUGAAGAGCUAAUAUGUCCCAUAUGCUCUUGUGUUUUAGAAGAUCCGCUUCAGUCUCCUCAGUGUGAACACGCUUUUUGCGCAGCUUGUAUUCACGAGUGGUUGACGCGACAACCAACAUGUCCUGUAGAUAGAAGUCCUAUUAUGCCCAACCAGUUAAAACCUGUUCCAAGAAUUUUACGUAAUCUGUUAUCCCGUCUUAUGAUAGCGUGCGAUAACGCUAAUUAUGGUUGUACAUCAGUAGUUAAACUCGACAUGUUACAGACACACAUACAAGAGUGUGAACACAAUCCGAAAAAACCUGUACAGUGUGAAAGUGGGUGUGGAUUGAUAAUACCAAAAGAUGAAUUAAAAGACCAUAACUGUGUAAGAGAAUUAAGAAGUGCCAUGACACAGAUGCAACAUAAAAUGCAAGAUAUGCACAGUGAAAUGGCAGAACAGAAGUUACAAUUAAACGAGCAGAAGAGAGAAAUACAGCUUGUGAAAGAAUAUUUAAGAUCGAUGAGAGUAUCCAAUCCUAGGAUACGUGAAAUACAGACGACAAUGGAAAAUGAAGAUGUCGUUCGGUGGGUGAGUAAUUUACAGACGGCUAGAGUAACAAGAUGGGGUGGUAUGAUAUCAACACCAGAUGCUGUCUUACAGGCUGUGAUUAAACGAGCAUUACUUGACAGUGGUUCACCAGCUCAUAUUGUAACAGAAUUAAUGGAAAAUGCUCAUGAAAGACGAUGGCCAAGUGGAUUGAGUACCCUUGAAACCAGACAAUUAAACCGAAGACAGUAUGAAAAUUAUGUUACAAAAAGAAUACCAGGAAAGCAAGCAGUGGCCAUCAUGUAUUGUGAAAACCAACAUAUGCCUGAAGAUCUCAUAAUGGAACCUGGUCUGGUGAUGAUAUUUGCUCAUGGUGUGGAGUGAAUCUCAAACAACAUAAAAUCAGUCCUUGUUGUUCUUGAGAAAAUAAAAUUUUCCAAUGUUAAUUUACGUGAAUUCAUCUUUGAUUGGACAGAAUGGUACUUAAUUAAAGUAAUGAAACCAAUGAUAAUUGAUUAUUGUUUUAAUUACUGUUGUUUACUCAAUUGUGUUGUUCAGUUGUUUUUUUAAACCUUGUUCUUUGUCAAAAGGGGUAUGGAAUUUAAACUGAAAAAAGAAAUUAACAAACCUAAAAGGUUGUAAACCUAGAAAGAUAAAAAAAUUAGUUGUUGUAAACCUUGUAUAUAAGUCAGAUUUGUUUAUUUCUAACAGAUUGUUCAAAAUGGGACACAUAACUUAAAUAGUGGAAUCAUUUAAAAGGAGGUGAAAUCUUAAAGGGUAAAGAAAUAUAGUAAUAAACUCACUGUCAAAGCAGUUAUAUUUAAAUUUAAAUAUUGCAUUGAAAUAUACAAUUGCUGACUUAAGAGUAAGAUAAUUUUCACCAACAAAAAAACCUUGCUGAUUUGUCUGUUGAAAAGUAAUCCGUAAUACUUGAACGAAAAAACUUUGCUCAAAUAUAUAUUUCAUUUUGGUUUUUAAGAUAAAAAGCAUUAUGUGUGACAAUCAAGGGCUUCAAAUAUAUAUUUUAAUUCUUGUAACAAGUUGCUUAUUUCUCAUAUCUUUGUUAAAAUAAUGGCUUUGUGAUUCGAGCACAUAUUUGUAAUAAAUGGUAUGGGAUUUUAUAUAAAAUUUGGUUUGAAGGAUUGUUGUUUGAUUGCAUAAUUAGACAUUUUAAUUAAUUUUGAACAUUCAAUAUUUUUAAACAAAAGUGUAUUAGAUGAAACAUCUAUAGUAUACCUUUCUCAGGCACAAUUAGUUCAUAUUGUGCAAUCCUCUAAACUUACUAUAUUUCUAAUGACCAGUAAAAAUCAAAUUACACAAAGAAAUGCCCCAAAAGUAUCUACUACUGAUCAUGGCAUAGAAAUCUUAUGCAUAACUCACCCAGUAGACUAAACCAU